CACACCAGAAAAGCCCGCAAGUUGUUUAUUCUCAAAAUCCCUUUAAAUUGAAAUUUAUUACUUUUCUUGGACAUCCACAACUACGUACUAUCUGUGCGAAGUAUCAUGUCCGACCCUACAAAAGAUACCCAAAUUGAUUUGGCUACCAAAGGUACUUUUUGCAUGCCUCACUGACAAAAUCUCAUGCUGAUGGACUCCAGCGGCCGAAAUAUUCGUUGAAAGCUUCUACGAAACAUUGAAUAAGCCCAAUCUUCGCUCAAACAUCACAUCAUUCUACGUCAAGCCCUCCGCUCUAGCCCCAGCUGAAGCCUCAAUAACCGUCAACGGAAACCUCAUACCGACGCCUUCCGCUUUCCAAGAAACGUUCGAGAAUAAAAUCGGCAAAACUGCUUAUGAAGUCCAAUCAUAUGUCGCCCAUGCCAUUAACCCAAACUACAACAUAGGGGUUGAGGAAAGUAAACUUGGGCCUGACAAGGAUGGGAAGAAAAUUAGCAUUGCCAUUAUGGUUAGUGGGCAAGUGAAAUAUUCAUCAAAGAACGGAGAUGAGGGGGAAGAGAGGGGUUUUAUGGAGAAUUUUGUACUGGUGCCGAAUUUGGAAGCCAGGAAUCCGAAGGCUUCGAAAGGGAUCAAAAGGUGGUUGAUUCAAAGUCAGGUGUUUAGAUUGGUGUUAUGAGGUCCAAACCCUGGAGAAACCCCAAAAACAAGAUGGGCGAACGAGACUGUGGGAAUUCUAUACCAAGUCUAUGGAAGGUCAAUGAUCUAUCCAGGAUAGGCAUACGACAGUCACAGAACGACGUGCUGUCCUACACCUUAAACGGUGUGUUUCUUGCGGUCUCCAAUGCGUGUUUUUCGGCAUCGUUCUCAUAUUGAUCUGUUAGUAGAUCUACAGAAGAAACCAUUUACGAAGAUUUCGGUUGUAGCUAGAUAGCUCGGGGAUUUACUAUCAUAGUUUUGAAGUAUUCACUUCAACUGGACUUUACUUUAAGCUGACCUUCAAGCCGUCCAGCUGUUGACUGGACGUCCCACAUGACAUUAAUCUGAUACACGAAUUAAUUAAAACUUCAAAAA